AUGCGGUUGCAGAAGAGCAACCCGGCUCGCAUUUUGCUGUCCAGAGACCUGAAGAACGGACUGUAUCUUGUUCUGUUUGGACAUGGGAUCUUGUUCGCAGGCAUCUUCUUGUUUGACGCGCACGAGGCUGAAGUCAGGUAUCUCUACCUACAAAAGUUGCCGUCUUUGGUUCUUGAUGCAUUGUUACUGUCGAUUACAAUAUUGUGCUCCGCAAGCCUCUUGAUAUCUGAUGAGUCAACAUCUUUCGCCGUCCGGAUAUCGCUCUUCAUAUUUCUAGCCUCUCUUUGGUCAAAUAUUGUCACGGAGAGAAUAAUGCCGCCUCUGCAGCCUUUCAGAAUUGUCACGCUUGCCACAGUGACGUCCAGCGCGGCGCUGCUGGUUGAUAUACAGUUUUCUUGUGCUUUGAAGACCGCCUUAAGUGUUCCAAAGAUGCACUUCAGGAAAAUUGCCGUAUUUUUAUACUUUAUUUUUAUGACGGCCUUGUGGAUGUGGUACUGGGGGUUUGCCGGGCUUCCGGCAACAAGUCUCGGAGUGGCUAUUGAGAAACUGCACAGUCAAGCAACGACUGACGCAGCUAACUGGGCCGCGCAGGCUGCUUCAAGCAAAACAUUAAGCGACGCUGUCAUUUCUUAUAAAAGACGAUACGGGCUGCCGCCUCCCCCUAACUUCCAUAAAUGGCACGAGUUUGCAACCGCACGGGGAUCCCUGGUCAUCGACAGUUUCGAUCAGAUUUUUGACGACCUUCUCCCAUUUUGGGGUAUUGCACCUAGAGAGAUUCGAAUCAAAACUAUACGAGCUAUACAGGAGAGCGAAAAGAAUGUAGGUGGACUUCAGAUUGUAAAUGGAACAGUGAAGCAAUCGCCAAAUAUCCCUGGAACACAUCGUUGGAUGACUGACGCACUUGAACGGAUGAUCGAUCCCUUUGCAAAGUCGUUACCGGAUAUGUUUAUUGCAUUCAAUCUUGCAGAUGAAUGUAGGGUCUCAGUACCCUACGAACAGCUUACGGCGCUUGAGGAACGUGGGCAAAACAGCGUAUCUCGACUCAUUGAAAACAGCAAACAUGAUGCAACGAACGAGUUAUAUCUGGAAGCGAAAUCAUGGCCAGAGUCGUUUGAGACUAUGGAUUCGAUGCUGCAGGGGAACGAUGUGAAUAUGUUACAACGCCCCGUUUUCAUGAAGAAUGCUCAGCGUCAGAUCUACCACGAGUUGGUUGCUUCUACUUGCCCGCCCAGGUCUCUUAGUCGUCAACACCAUUGGAAUGAUUGGAGCAAAGUUUGCUCCAAUUGUAUUCUGGCGCAUUCCGUUAUAACAAAGAACGGUCCGAUUCCCAGAGGGGGCGGGAUACUGAGUGAUAUGUGUCACCAACCUGAUCUAGCAGGCCAAUACGGAUUCUUCAUGUCGCCAUUUUAUAUGGAGGGUACGAGAGAUAUUCAUCCAAUUUUUAGCCAGGCAAAGGUUCGUGGCUUCUCGGACAUUCUAGUCCCGUCACCUUGGGAUUUUGCAAACAAGAGUACCUACGAUGCAACAGCCGACAUGUCCUGGACUAAAAAGCAUAAUAGCCUGUACUGGCGAGGGUCCAGCACAGAUGGAUUCGCCAAGCAUGGAAUGUCGGAUGGGUUUCUGAGGACAAGAUUUGUACACGAAGCGUAUCAGCAAGCAAAGGGUGCAUGUCAGCAGGACCAGAUCGGCUGCGGCAGUAUCAAUGCAACCUUUGUGGGGGAUGUUUUCAAGUGCGAUAAGCAGGAUUGCCAAUCACAGAGGACGUCAUUCUCCCGCUGGAGCCAAAUGACUUAUCCAGCACAAGCCCCAUCCAACAGAGCAGGAGGAUCUCAUAGUCGACUGCCGGAUGCUGAGCCGUUUGAAUCGAAUUGGAAGUUUCGACACCUGAUGGAUAUGGAUGGUGCUGGGUUCAGUGGACGGUUUCUUCCAUUUUUGAGAAGUCGCAGCUUGGUGUACCGAGCGGCGCUUUUUCGGACCUGGUUUGAUGAGCGUCUAGUCGCUUGGAAGCAUUAUGUGCCAGCGGAUCCAAGGCUUGGAGUUGGUUUUUGGAGUACGUUUUGGUAUCUAUCUAGAGGCUUCAGUUCGGAGAACCCCGGGGCUGAGGCACAAGAAGGCCUAGACAUCGCCAAAGAUAUUGCAGAAGAAGGCCGUUCAUGGGCCGCGAAGGCGAUUCGGUCAGAAGACAUGCAAAUAUACACAUUCCGUCUUCUGCUUGAAUGGGGAAGAAUCACAAGCGACAACAGGGAAUCAUUAUGGUACGAGUAG